CAUAGUUGCUUUUCUGCCCCAGACCAUUCUGUGUGCCUGGUUAAACGUGGUCUCAGCUUAAGUUCCCAGCUUCGGCUCUUGCUUUAAAAAGACAAUACUGCCUUCAUGAUCCCAAGCCUGGCCUUAGUUGGUUUGAGUGUGAAUUGAAACUCAGAAAUGGCUGGUGGUAAGUGAAAGUUAAAUGCCUAUUCAGUACAGGUUGUAAUUUGGGUUCCCUGUAUUCCACCCAUCUGCCAAGAUUAUGCACAAUCCACUCUGAAUGCCAACGUUUGCUUUGUUUUUUCUAGCCCCUAAAAUAUGUUUGUGUUUGUAGCUUGGCCGUGACCUUGCAAUGGACACUGGAGGAGGAAAGAUGAAGGACUUGCUAGUAGAUGCUUUAGAACAGCUUGAGGAAGGAGACAUUAAGUUGUUUAAGUCUAAGCUGCGACAUGUAGCAGCUCCUCAGGGAAAGAAUAUUCCACGUGGUCGGUUGGAAAAUGCAGAUUGCUUGGAUCUGGUGGAUCUCCUUGUCGAAUUCUAUGAAGAGAAGGUGGCUAUCCUAAUGAUAACUGUCUUGGAAGACAUGGGUUUUAAGAAAACUGCUUCUCAUCUCAGCAAAGAGCUCAAGGAUCACAUUCAUGGUUACAAAAAAAAGUAUGCCAAGUAUGUGAAGGAAGAAUUCUGCCAAAUGACAGAAGAAAGGAACAGUCUCUGUGGUGAGAGCAUUCCUUUGAAUUCAUGUUAUGCAGAGUUGCUUUUUAUCAAGAAGCAUCAGCCCCAGAAGCAAAAGGAACAUGAACUCCUUGCCACUGGCAGGUUGCACCUGGAGAUCCUCAGAACCAACAGUGAUUAUUUAUCAACUGACCUUGAAGAUUUAUUUGACCCUGAUGCAUCAGGAAUAAUUCCCAAAACAGUAGUGCUACAAGGGCCUGCAGGGAUUGGAAAAAGCAUGACUGUGCAGAAGAUCAUGCUGGACUGGGCUGCUGGGCAGCUUUAUCCGGAUAUGUUUGAUUAUGUGUUUUGCAUUCGUUGCAGGGAAUUGAACUUUGCUGAGAAAGUCAGCAGCUUGGAUGAUCUUAUUGUUGAGCAGUGUCAGGACAGAGAUGCCCCAGUGGAAGAAAUCUUAGCCCACUCUGAAAAGCUGCUUUUUAUCAUUGAUGGUUUUGAUGAGCUUUCUUGCUUUUUUGAAUGUGAAGAAGGUUACUUGUGUGAUAAGCCUAAUUUAAAGAUGCCUUUGGAAAGUAUUCUAAACAGCCUGCUGAGGAAGAUACUCUUGCCAGAGUCCUUCCUCUUAAUCACCACAAGGCCUGGUGCUCUAGAGAGACUGCAGCAAUGCUUGAAGGUUCCCAGGUUCACCGAAAUUGUUGGCUUCUCUGAAAAAGGUCGCCGUGAAUUUUUUUCCAAGUUCUUUGAAGAUGAGCGGAAAGCCAAUAUUGCACUGAGAUUCAUUGAAAAUACUGUUGCAGUGUCCACCAUCUGCUUCAUCCCAAUGGUGUGCUGGAUCAUUUGCUCUGUGAUUAAAAUAGAAUUGGAAACUGAAGAUGAGAUUGCAGACACCUUGGACACCACAACAAAAGUGUUUGUGCAGUUUUUUCGUGUUCUCCUUGAACAUGAUAAUCCUAGAUGGAAAACCUCCCCUCAGAAUGAGUUCAGAAAACUUUGUUCUUUGGCAAGGGCCGGCAUAAUGCAACAAAAAAUCCUCUUUGAAGAGCAGGAUCUGAAGGAACAUGGCUUGGAUAUUUCUGCUCUUAAAGACCUCUUUUUAGAUAAAAGAGCAUUCAGGAGGGGUUUGGGCUGCCGCAAUCUCUACAGUUUUUUCCAUCUUUGCUUUCAAGAGUUUUUUGCUGCCAUGUGGUAUAUACUGCCAGAGGAGACAACAGAAGAGAGGGACAACAUUACGAGGGACUUGCAGAGAUUAUUGGCUGAAUGGGAGAAGCCACAUAAUCAGCAGCAUUUUGUACUAACUGUGUGUUUCAUAUUUGGCCUGACAAGUGAAAACAUGCACAUCUUCUUUGAGCAAACCCUCCAGUGCGAGACUUCUGACCUUGCGAAGCCUCUCUUAUUGCAGAAGGCAGAAGAAGUAGCUGCUAAGAAAUUCCUUCAGGAAGGCUAUCGCCUGCUAAAUUUUUUUCAGUGUUUGUUUGAGAGCCAGGAGCCAGAAUUUGUAAAGCGUGUGAUGCAUCAUUUCCAAAGUAUUGACCUGUCCGACAUCACACUGUCAGUAUUAGACUGCAAAGUCCUGGCGUUCUGUCUGCAGCAUAGUACAAUUGAGGAUCAUUCCCUUACCUUAAAUUCCUGCAUGUUGAAAUCUCAUCACAUCAAAGCUUUGGCUCCAGGAAUUAAGAACUGUACAGCUUUACAAUUUGGAGAUAACAAACUUGGAAACUCGGGAGUGAACGUUCUCUGUACCAUUCUGAAGGAACUGGGUUGUAAUUUGACUAAUUUGGAACUUGAUCGCAAUUACCUCACAGAUGCUUGUAUGCAAGAACUUUGUGCUGUUCUGAGAACUAGCCACAGACUCUACAGCCUAAAGCUUCGAGACAACUCCUUCACAGAGAACUCUGUCCCAUUCAUCCAGGACUUAAUGAAAAAUUGCACUAGCGUGGCUAUUUUAUGUUUGUCAUCAAAUAGCUUUAAUGAAAGAGGACGAAAAUGCCUGAAUCUGCAAGCAGAAAAGAUAACUGAAUCAGGACGUGGCUUUUUGUUAUUGAUGUGACUAUAUUCUGUCAUGGCAGCUACAGAACAAGAGUAUUCAAUCCCUAUCAAUUAAUCAAUCUGACAGGCUUGAUUAUAUUUGCUGAAGGAGAGUUUGAAAAGGAGAACAUUUUCAAGGAGAUAUUUCCACAAGGUUGUUCCAAUUUCAGUUGCUGAAACCAGUUGUCAGACAAAAACAUUGACAUGAACUAUCAUUAACUUUUUAGAAUAUUGUGGCAUUUUGCUUUCCAGAAAAUCACUUCCUUUGAAAAACAUUAAGUAUCCCCCAAUAUUUAGGAAAAUGGCAAAAAUGCUUCUCUUUCACCAAGCUUUUAACUAUUGAUUCUAAUGUUUAUGUAAGCAGAAAG